CGUUCGUUGGGAGACCACGCGUCGCUCCCUGUCCGCGGUCCGUGAUACUUUUACGUGGUGGUACAAAACCGGUUGGGAAAGUGCUUGAGGUGUGGCGUGGGCGAACAGAACAGUGCCGCGUUCAACCAUAAAAUACUCUUGUUACAGUUCCAAAACUACACUUUUUGUGUUUGAAAAUUAACUUUUGUAGUGUUUUGUGUGUAAUCGGAUCCCUGCGCUAUCAAUCGAGAGUGAAGGAGACAGCAAUACUUUCGCUGCAAGUGUGGGCAAAACAAAAAGUUCUGGAUCAAACCGGUUAAGUGUCCGUUUAACGAACGCAUCGCCUAGUAUGCUGGUUCGAAUUUCGAAUCCUAUAAGUGUUUUGUGAUUGGUUGAUUUGAAAAAGUGAUUUUCAAGAUGGCUGCUAUUCCCGCGCUUUUUGGAUUGCUCUUGGCUGCUGUUGUGUCAGGCCAGGAUGUGGACAUCACCCCUCGUGAGGCAGUACGAAGGAUCGGAGACCAGCUCAGUGUGCUAUGCAAAGUGCCAUACCCCAUCGACUCCUGCAGGAUGACAGUAGGGACCACCUCCUACCGGCUGAUACCUGAAAAUCUGCAAGGAGAUGUGGUCUACACCGGCCAGGGCUUGAAGGCUGGUCAAUGCGGUGCCCUAAUAAAGAACAUCAAGGAGGAAUGGAAUGGAAACAUUACGUGUGUUCUCCCACCCCCCUCAGGAAACAUCGAGCUGGUCGGCUCCAUGAGACUGCUGGUCGCAAGAGCCCCUGGUGAGAUCCAGCUGAACUCUUCGCCGCAGCCACCCUUCAAGGAAGGAGAUACGUUCAUGGCGCAGUGUGUGGUCCCCAAUGGAAGACCAGCUGCCAAGAUCACCUGGUUCUUGGGAUCGGAAGAACUCCUCCACGGCACCCAUCAGCCUGUCAUAACAUCAGAACCAGGAUCUGACCUGAAGACUAUCAGUCAGAAUGUCACUAGGACCCUAACUGAUGAGGACGAUGCUAAGUUCCUGGUCUGCAGAGCUGAACACGAAGCUUUGGAGAAGCCUAAGGAAUUCAGGAUCCAACUCAAUGUUAAUUACGCUCCAAAACGCCAAGAGACUGGCACAGUCACAAUCUUUGGCCUCAAACUGGGAGCUGAAGGCAAGCUGAAUGUGACUGUGAAGGCUAACCCCCCACCGACGGCUGAGUGGAGCAUCGGAGACCAGGUCCUGCAGGCACCUAGGCAGAGCGAGAAUGGAGAGAUUAUCGCACAGGCUCCCUUGUUUUUGGGCAACGGCUACUUCAACAUCACUCUCAUCCUGGCUCGCAUCACGAAGGAAGACGUAGACAGGACAUACUUCCUACGAGUCAUGAACGACUUUGGAAGGGAGGAGAUUGCAGUCAGGAUCAGCACCAUGGACGAACCAGCUGCUCGGAAGGCGAAGUCCUCCUAUUUGGUAUUAGAUAUAUAUGGUGUGGAAUUAGACACGGGAGCUAUCGUGGGCAUCGUGGUGGCUGUUCUAAUUCUUCUCAUAGCCAUCUUCCUGGCUGUGUUUGCGUUCGCUACCGACAGAUGGUGCUUUGCCGGUAGAAGACAGGAGAGGAAAAGUUCCGGCGAAUCGACGCCGGCCGGGGAUGUGCUUUUAGAGUCUGGCAACCCGCUUCCUAGAACUAGCGACACUGAGAGUGCUGUGGGAGGGCGGGAGAGGUCGCGGCUGGCUGGCUUGAGUGCUCGAGUGAGGGCAGUUCUCCCGAGGGCCAAGGAUAAGGUGCAGGCUACUGAGGCGCAGACUGUUGAUGCUGAAGAGAAGCCUCUCUCAGACGACAAGAAGGGCGUAGUAUACGCUGAACUGGCGCUCGGUGAACAGACCUCAACUGAGAAACCACCCCCUCCGUCCACGGAGUACGCAGAAAUCGUAUACACAGACCAAUCGAAAGAUAACAAAGAGACCAACUAGAUUAUAAAAUAAUAACCAACCAUAUUUCUAUUUAAAGGAUAAAAAAACCAACUGCUAAGAAUAACCAACUAAAUUAUAUUUUCUUCUUUCUUAUUACUGGUUACGUUAACCAGUUAUAAGUUUGUGGUUACAAAUAACCAAAAGCUUUGGUUUAAAAAAAUAUUGACGUUAUUAUUUCGACUUAUGGUUAUUUCUUUAUAACCUAUGUUUCAAAGAGUUCUUUUUUAUUUGCUAUCUGUAAAAAAACCAUUGGUUUCCCAACCAUAAGGUUCAAAAAUUUACCUUAAGUAAAUCGGAACCAUAAGUUUCUUCAUAUUAGGUUUAUUUAAUUGAUUUUCUAAGUAAAACAAAAGACGUAGAUAGUAUUUUAAUUACGAAAUUCUACGCUACAGAAUAAAAUUAAGCAUUUUUAGAAUAUUUUCUUUAAACGAAGUCGUUCCAUGAAAUAACUUUACCUACUGUAUAAUAAAAUUUCAUCAAUCACAAAAAUGAAAUAAAAAGGGCGCGAUGUUUAUUGCUUUUUACUCGAAGAUGAUGUGUCGUCUUCAUACAAUACAUAAUCAUAAAUAUCAUUCACUUAUUCAUAUUUUAAAAUCAUUUCAUUUAUCGUCAUUCUUUAUCUUUGGUUCAUUUCAUUCAUCUCACAAUCAUGACAAAAUCAUCAUCUCUAUAAAAUCCCUGAAUCUCCAAUACCCAAAAGGCCGGGAACGCACUUGUAACGCCUCUGGUGUUCCAGGUGUCCAUUGGGG